CUGUCUGGUGAGGUUGCUCGAGGAAUCUAGCACUUUGACAUCUGACUGUAAAGUGAAUGCAUAUUUUGGGGGUUAGUUGAACAAAAAAGGUGAGUUGUAGUGGUGUCAGCAGUUUUGGGUGAAGAUAUAUCAGCUCAAUCUAACAAAGAGGAACAGAAAUGGCCGAUAAAUGACAAUGGAAAUUUCUAAAAGUCUGCCUUGUGUUUUUCAAUGUAGUUGUAUGUGCAUUGAGACAUGAUGUGUUUCUAAUGGCUCUACGGCUUCAGGAGGAAUACAGAGCAUGUUGAUGCUUGUCUUUUUCUUCAAUGUGUUGACUGGUGUAUUAAGGACCCGAGUGAAAUUUUAAACUCCAGAUAUCAACCUAAAGCGUUCUUCUCUACCGGUCCUCUCACAGAAGUUGAAGAUGCUCAACUGCACCCUCAAGGUCACCGACGCGUUCUUGCACGUGCAGAAAGCCAUAUACAUACCUACAUUCAUACUGGGAGUUCUGGGGAACAUCUACGUAUUUGUGAUCUUUUGUCGGCGUCCAAGGACCGACUGGACCUAUAUGAUGGUCUACAUCAGCAACAUGGCCAUCGCCGACUGCGUCUUGUUAGUGAUCCUUCCAAUUAAGGCGUAUUAUUACAACAGCACGUUACAAGAGCACUCGAAGAGCACGUGCAAUUUUCUUUUGUCGCUCUAUUACGUGAACAUGUACGUCAGCGUCUUCACCAUGACUACCGUGAGCGUCGUGCGCUACGUGGCCAUCGCGUUUCCAUUGAAGGCGCGCGAAGCAUUCUCCUGCAAGCGCGCGCUCGUGGUGUGCGCUCUCAUAUGGCUGGUCGUUGGAGGUUUUAGCCCCGUUUACUUUCUCAAAGACUCUGAUAAUGACAAAGCUAUGUGUUUUCAGCGAGUUAAAGAAACACUGUCGUUGCAUUUUAUAGUUUUGUUGACUGUAGUCGGGUUCCUCGUGCCGCUCCUCAUCAUGUUGUAUUGCUCCAUCAAAGUCAUUUAUACUUUAAGAAAGCAGUUAGAUGUUGGCUUCCGUUCAGAAAAGAUUCAAUGCAUAUUCAUAAUCGCUGCCAAUUUGAUUGUUUUUGUCAUUUGUUUUCUUCCCGUCAAUUGUGGAUUUGUGUUGAAGUACAUUGCGCAGGCGCACGAGUUCAGUUGCGACGUGCAGUUUCUUGCGCACAACUUCGUGCACGGCGCCAUGUGCCUUUCCACCAUGAACUGCUGUCUGGAUUGCUUUAGUUAUUAUUUUGCAACCAAUACAAGGUGGAAUAUAUGUGGCAUAAAUCAAAGAAACGAAGAAUAUGAAUAAAAUUGUAAAGUGUGUCAAAUGUUAAUUCAGUUAUAUUUCUUUAGCACUUUUUA